GAAGCUGUUAAAGUGGUUGCUAUGAGACCUUCUCUAGCUAACACAGGCACAGCAGCGAGUGUGAGGCUGAUAAAUCGUACCUCGUGUAUUAUACCUUCCCUUUCUGCUUUUUUUCCCCCUAAUACAGCUUUUAUAGUUGUUUAAGAUUAGAGAAAGCUCCUGCCAGUUUCUUUUUUCUCCCUUUUGCUCCCUUCUGCCUUGUGCAAGAUGGAGCUAGAAAACGAAAUGAUCAGCUCUUCCAGCAAUUCUUCAGCAGGCUCCAGAGAGUACAAGGUGGUGAUGCUAGGAGCUGGGGGAGUUGGCAAAAGCGCAAUGACAAUGCAGUUUAUAAGCCAUCGGUUCCCUGACUAUCAUGACCCAACUAUAGAGGAUGCCUAUAAAACUCAAGUCCGAAUUGAUGAUGAACCAGCCUAUUUGGACAUUCUAGACACUGCUGGACAGGCAGAAUUCACAGCCAUGAGGGACCAAUACAUGCGUGGUGGAGAAGGCUUCAUUAUCUGCUAUUCCAUCACAGACCGCCAAUCCUUUCAAGAAGCUGCUGAAUUUAAGGAACUCAUUUAUCGUGUCCGGCACACUUACGACAUCCCCUUAGUGCUGGUGGGAAACAAAAUAGAUCUUGAAGAGUUCAGACAGGUCUCAACUGAAGAAGGAAUGAGCUUAGCCAGAGAAUACUCCUGCUCUUUUUUUGAGACUUCAGCUGCCCUCCGCUUCUACAUUGAUGAUGUCUUUCAUGGACUAGUGAGAGAAAUCCGAAGGAAGGAGUCCUCACUGUCCAUGGCAGAGAAGAAGAUGAAGAGGAAGGAUAGUCUGUGGUGGAAACUGAAAGGAUCCUUGAAGAAAAAAAAAGAAAGUACAACUUGAUGGCAACUCCCCAUGAGCCACCCAUCAGGAGCUGACCACAGUAACCUGUGACAGUUCAAAAAGGAAGCAUUGAUACAGCAUUCUCCAGACCAGGUCCUGGAGUUCCUUCCCUUCAGCCCUUAUGCAGAAAUAGCUCCUUGAAGGCCCAAUUCAUGGUUGCCCUGUGGCUCCUUGGUAUUGUAUAUAAAGUCACUCAGCAUCUGCUUUUAUCACUCCUCUGCAAAUCUGAGUGGAGAAAAUACUGUGGUUUUUUUUCCCUGUGGUCUCUGCCUGGUCUUCAAGUGCUGGGAUUCAAGCCAGCAUCCAAGGUAGAAGCAACUUCCACCAGCUUUUGGACAAGGGAUGCACUUAUUGCCUCCUCUCUACUUGCAUGGAUAAUGUCACCAUCUAAGGAAUGAAUAACAUUGAUCUCAAUGGACCUUUUUACCCCUUAAGGACUUCUACGAUUUCGCCUUCAGCUUUGUAUUCACACAUAGGUUUAGGGUUAGACUGCUCUCAGCCCACAAGUGCAUGUGUCUGUCUGCAAUGUGUGUGCGUGAACCAGGCCCAAAUGGAAUGAUGGGGGCUUCCAAUUUUGACCCUGUAGAGUUCCAUUCUCAUUGCAUUCCAUUCCAUUCAGGAGGAAGAAUUGGCAAGCACAGUACAAAUCACAUUCUAGUUGUCUGGAGUUUUCGUGUCCACUGCUCUGUGUCCUCUACUCAUUGCUCACCAGGACUUGCAGCAGAGGUGCCAUGUCCUAUAGGCAUGUGCCACAUUGGAAUAGGUUGGAAAGGACCAUUAAAGGUCAGCUAGUCUGAUCUCUUUCAAAAGAACAGGGACAUCUUCAACUAGAUCAGGUUGCCUUGUCCAAGCCAACCUUGAGUGUUUCCAGGGAUGGGAUAUCGAUCAGUUCACUGGGUAACUUGUUCCAGUGUUUCACCAUUGGCCACAUUCCUGCGCCUCACUAAGGAGCACACAAAGGCAUUGUCUCUCUGAUGCUUUCCAGAGCCCUUCCUAGAGCGGUACAGCUCUGUCUCAGCAUGUAGUAACAUCUGUGAUGUAGCGGUCAUCCACCAGCAAACUAGAGAAUUGCAUCAGGUCAGUCGCCAUAUUUCACAGUACUUGACCAUCCAAGUGAAUAAUUUCAUUGAUCAGCUGGACAGGUGUUUCAAAUACUCCUUUUCAAAGGUGGCAUGAAGUAGAGUAUAGUUUGAUCAACAUUUCCCCUCCCAGAUUAUCAAAUUCAUUUAUAAAUUUUACGAUGAAAGCAUUCAUACAUAUUGCCAAAAAAUAAAGAUUGUGAUUUCCAUGAAACCAUGCCUGUGAUCGGCGUCAUUUAUGUAUGUCCUGGAGUCAAAAUUGAUAUAAUUAGAAAAAUAUGUAUAUUUGUUAGUAAAUGUUCCUUUUUUCACUUUUCUUCUUCGACUACUUUGCAAGGUUUUAACUAAUUGCAUUGUGGGUGGUACGGGGGCAAGUUGAUCUGUUUUGCUCUAUUACAUUUGAAAAGUUUAUGAUUUCAUGAAGGAUUUCAUUUCAUUACAAUCUGAUGUUUUGUUCUUGACUUUCCUUUCCUUACAAGAAAAUCCAGAAAUAUUUUUUGAAUUGUCAAAAUUUCUAGAUGAAAAAUACAGAUUUACUCUGUUUUGUUAGAUCUUAUAUCUAUUAAAUAUCUAUUUUGGAAAGACUAUUUCAGAAACAUACAAACAUUUACAUACAUUUAAGGAGAAUUUUCUGUUUUCCGACCUCCAAAACAGCAGUCUGAAUUUAUACUAUAGUAAUUACUAUUAUUCUUUUACAUGUAUUGCCACAGAGAUUUUAGGUUAAGCAUCCUAGAGACAAAGAGAUGUGUUUGUCUGAAGACUUUAUGAGCUAAGAAUUGGUGGAGAGACAACAAGAGGCUGUACUGAACAGAUGGCAGCUAUGAGACAAUAAAUAACAAGGGGAAACAUCUGUGACUGUUCCAAUACUGCAAACUGCAUGGAGGGGAAUGAAGCAGUUGUUCCAUACAUAAGAGACCAUAGAAAUUACUGUCCUGAGAAACCUUGAGGGAUUCUCAUUGGUCUUUUUCAGGCAAAUGCCUAAGCUUUGAGUCAAUUGAAAGCCAUUUAGUAUUGAUUAUUGUGUCAUUCCACCCACCCUACUGAGGGUCAUAUUAUUUCAACACUGGCCUGUCUCUGUAGUUUUAGGGGUACUUUGCUUCAAGACAAUUUGCAAUACAGAAAAGGUUGCAGAAGAGGGCAUAGAUACAAUCUAAGAUUAAACCUUAAAUGGAUUCAUACAUUAAACAUGUACAUUUUCUGACACUGAGGUCAUCUGGCAUGAAGCAACAUCUUUCCAUACUAUUAAACUCUCUUAGCCUUCACAGCAUGGUUAUCGCACACAAACUGCUGUUGGAAGUGUUCCCUGGACUAUGCUAGGUUCUGCACCAUGAUCAGCAACUGGUUAAAAAAAUGGUAGCCUGCCAUUGUCUGAAACCAAGCUAGGAUCAGUUUGAUGUGCUCAGAAGUCUUCCUCAGUCUGUUUAAAUUGCUAGUAUAGACACAGCUUACAAAGUCAUAUUUUCAGCCCCUACGUGCCACAUUUUGAAAGAUACUUAGUAGUAGGUUAAUCUCUUCAAGAAGAGUAAAGCAUCAUACCUUCCAAGGGUCUUCUGUGACAUCUUCCAUGACAGCAAUUUCAGGAAUCUGAAUAUGUAUUGGGUGGAAAAAUAUGCAUUUAUUUAUUUCCACUUUGAUCAUAUAAAAUUUGAACAUGGCAUCUAUUUACAAAGAGUGCCUCUUUGGUUAAUAAAGAGAGAGAAAGGUUCCUCUGGUUGGUGAUUUGUCCUGUCUGGCUUGGAUGCUUAGUGUAGGGAGAAUUGACACCUGAAAUGGCUGGCUUUUUUUCCAGUGACUCUAUGUUAGUCCUGUUGUACAAUAAGCUUGCUAGGUCUUGUGGGAGGAAAAUACCAAACUCACUAUGAGUUUGGAAAAGGGAAGAGUUUGCAAAAGAGAGUGGUUCUAUUUGAACAACAAACAACCUUAUCUCACAAGACCGACUGGAUGGUGGUCUCUCAAAUCAGCUGAGUGACAUUUGGGGUGAGGCAGAAGCCUCAUAGCCUGAUAUUGCUUUGUUUAAGAACAAAACCUACUCUGAAAGAUCAGACUGAGCUCCCUGCCCCAAAUGAACUCUCGUUUCUGAUGACACAACUAGCCUCACCAAGAACCAAUUAACAUGUAAUAAUUGACUUAGUCUCACCUCAC